GGUGAUUAUGUAUGAAAAAUACUGCAAAAGUUGUAUUUAAACGAAGGUUUUACUAGGAAAUAAGCUUUGGAUAAGGAUCAAUUCUCAUUACCAAAAUGUCUGGGAAAGACGUGGAAAGAGAUCGGUUGUUGAAAAAAAUAGCGGAAAAACGAGCCAAGCUCGAAGCCAGGACAGACCUAAAUAUCAAAAUCCCCCGACUUGAGUUGCCGUCCGCUUACAGUUUUCAGGAUAGGUCGGUUUUUUCCUUACCGCCUGAAAUUUUAAAACCCAUUUUGGCUUCGGCUCAUCCUAAAUAUCGCAGGAAACUUGCUGCUGAAAAAAAACGGGCUGCAGAAAUGAAAAAUAAACUCACUUCCUAUACGGCUUUAAGAAAACAACGAGAAGAAUUCAGACAACGCCUGGUUAAUCUCAUAACAAAUGUCCAUGACGAGUCGAUGGACUUUGACCAUAUCCCUUCAGCUCAGGAAAAAGAAAUGUUACGAUAUUAUUACUACGUUAAGCAUGGCGUUGAUACUGUUCACGUGGCACCUUUAGACGAAAAAGUUUUGAAUAGAGUACUCUCAUUGGUGCCAAGAAAACUGAUGGUCUGGAGUGACAUCUUGACCAACACUGUCGCAGAUAUUAGAGAAGACUUUAUGAUGGCCAACAAAAAAGCUAUUAUAGAUUUUGUUUUACAAGAUCCAGCAUUUCUCACAGGAGUCACCGACGAGCAUACGCCGUUUAAAAAAGAACGCAAACAAAUCGGAAGUAGCUUCAGGCCAGCUUUUGAUUACGCCAAAACUCGAAUGCACAGAACUUUGCAUGCAAUUAAUCCGUGUUUGUCGGUGUUGCUUGAUAUUUGGUUUAGCCGUUUUCGCAAGCUCCGCCUAAUCGAUACGCAAGAGCUUCAGAAACAUCAGGGCGCCUUUGAAUUGAAUGAAUUUAAAAACCAAUGCAGACAGAGCAUAGAAAAAUGUCGCACUGUUCUUAUGGAUCAGUACUAUUAUGCUGUGACUGAUGUUUUUUUACAAGGGGCCAAGAGAAAUAAAUUGCCCGAUCCUUCAAAACCACGCAAAAUGAAGUCCUUUUAUAAUUCAGUUGCAACUAUUAUGACCAAUCAAUUACAAAUGUUGUGCCUCAAAUCGUUAUAUGAUUAUGUAUAUUACAUCACUGACAUUAAAUUUUCUAAUAAAGGCUUUCAAAUUAAGCUGGUGCAAAGGAUGAACGUUUUAGCCUUUGAGCCUCAAUUCAAAAAUGUUAGAGACAUUUUGUUACAUGAAAUUGAUUACAUUAUUGAUGCUGUACAGGAUAUACCAAGAUUGGAGACUAAACUUUAUUUGGAUUAUGCAGACCCUAUUGAGUAUCUUAAACCUACAAUUCCACAAGAAAUCGUUAACAACUACAAACAACAAAUCCGAAACCUGCUGGAAAAUCAACGCAUAGGACCCGAGUUGCGUGUUCAAGAUUUUGAUGAAUACAUGCCACUAAUUAAUGGAGAAUCCGAAGAAGAAAUCGAACAAUUCUUAAGCGUCGAUCAUAAAUUGGAGGUUUAUAUGGAGCAAAUUUUAAAAUACAAAUUGAUCAUGGACAGUGUUCCGUUGUCGACCGAACACGUCAUUACCAUGGAAAUGUACGAUAUGAAUCGCAGCGAAUUGAUUAAGGCUUUGGAAAUGCAAGCCGAUAGUUUCAGGGAUCGAUUGAUUCAGCGAUGUAUCAAGUGUUAUCAGCAAAUGUGCAAACAGCUAGGAGAAGAAUACCAAGCUAUUUCCGAUAAGGCAUUGAGCAUCCCUAAUAACACUGCCGAACUAAUGGACCUCAUAAAAUACGUAACCGAAGUGGAAACUGUUAUGUUAUACCAAAUGGAAGAUCGUCUGAGAGAAGUCAUGGAUUAUAUGCUGUUUCUUUCUGAUCAUUGCAUAUUUACUCCGGUGGAAAUGAAACAAAAUAACAUAACAUUUCAUUGGUAUUUGCAUAUGCCGAAAGUGAUCGAAGAACACCGGCAAAUGAUCGAUGUGAAAAUGGAAGAGUUCCAGGCGCAACUUAACGUUAAAAUUCAAAAAUUUCAAGAUGAUUUGGAAAUGUAUGCUAAAAUGGUCGACGAGCUACAGUAUAAUGGGAAUGUGGAUGAUUUGCCGCGGUACCAUAGGAAAGCUUGCAAAUUGGAUGACAGAUUGGUCAACGCCAUGGAACGUAUCGAUCAAUUCAACGAAGAAGAAGCAGCGUUCAAUUUCGAGCUCUCCCAAUAUCCGUUGCGUAAACAGAUACACGAAAAAUUGGCUCCGUACAAAAAGCUUUACGACAACGCGACAGAUUUUAUCAACAAACACGAGCUCUGGAUGAAAUCCAGAGUCGGUUCGUAUGAUCCGGAGGAAAUUGAAACCGACGUCGGCACCUAUUUUCGAAAUAUUUACAAAUUGGAAAAGGUAUUCGCGGAGAGACCGGCGACGCUCAACUUGGCCACAACGGUUCGGACGAAUAUUGAGGAAUUCAAGGAGAACAUGCCGAUUAUACAGACUUUGGGGAAUCCUGGCAUGAAGGAGCGGCACUGGGAAAAAGUAUCGGAAAUUGUUGGAUUUCCUAUUAAAGUUGACGAUGAUCUGACAUUGGAAAAAAUCAUUGAUUACGGCCUCAACGACUACAUUGAAAAAUUCGAAGCCAUUUCUGAAGCAGCCACCAAAGAAAACAAUUUAGAAAAGACCUUGCUGAAAAUGAUAUCCGAAUGGGCAGACAUGGAAUUCACAAUUUUAGUGUACAGAGACACUGGUACUUAUAUUUUGUCUGCCAUCGAUGACAUUCAAGUUCAACUCGAUGAUCAUAUUGUGAAAACUCAAACAAUGAAAAAUUCACCUUACAUCAAACCAUUCCAGAAAGAAAUUUUGAACUGGGAAACUAAGCUUCAACUCCUGCAAGAAAUCCUGGACGAAUGGCUCAAAGUCCAAGCUACUUGGAUGUAUCUAGAACCAAUUUUCUCCUCUCCAGACAUCCAACAGCAAAUGCCUGAAGAGGGAAGAAGAUUUAGCGCUGUGGACAAAAUAUGGAGGGACCUAAUGAAGACUGUAUUCAGCGAUCCAAAAGUCUUAUCUGUCGUGGAAAUUGACAAGAUGGCCGAAAGAUUAAAAAAGUGCAACAGUUUAUUGGAAAUGAUCCAACGAGGACUUAACGAUUAUCUAGAAAAGAAGCGUUUGUAUUUCCCAAGGUUUUUCUUUUUAUCAAAUGAUGAAUUACUAGAGAUUCUGAGUGAAACUAAAGAUCCUACCAGAGUACAACCGCAUUUGAAAAAAUGCUUUGAAGGCAUUGCAAAAUUAACCUUCACAGAAGAACUCGAUGUUACCGAAAUGAGAUCUAGUGAAGGUGAAGUGGUACCAUUGCCUGACAUUAUCCAAACAACUUUGGCAAGAGGCCAAGUUGAAAAAUGGCUUGUCGAACUAGAAACCGACAUGAAAAAAGCAGUACACCUCAUGGUACAAAAAUCAAUUGAAGAUUAUCCCAAACGACCUCGAGACAAUUGGGUACUUAAAUGGCCUGGCCAAUGCAUACAAGCAGUUGGCAGUACUUUUUGGGCAUCGGAAGUAACCCAAGCUAUCAACGAAAGCGCACAAGCGAUGAAAACCUAUUUGUUGAAAUGUAACAGUCAAAUUGCCAAAAUUGUAGAUCUAGUUAGAGGAAAAUUGAGUACGCAAAACAGAAUUACUUUGGGGGCUUUAGUGGUAUUGGAUGUCCAUCAAAGGGACGUUUUAUCAGUGAUAAUUGAUUUAGGCACAAGAACUGUUCAUGACUUUAAUUGGUUAUGUCAGUUGAGGUAUUAUUGGGAGUCGAAUCAAAUGGUCGUAUCAAUGAUAAAUAGUACUUUGAAAUAUGGCUAUGAAUAUUUAGGAAACACUACAAGAUUGGUAGUUACUCCUUUAACUGACAGAUGUUACAGGACUUUGUUUGGUGCGUUACACCUACAUCUGGGUGGGGCUCCAGAAGGUCCUGCAGGGACAGGGAAAACUGAAACCGUGAAAGAUUUGGCAAAAGCUGUUGCUAAACAAUGCGUGGUCUUCAAUUGCUCAGAUGGUUUGGAUUACAUUGCUCUGGGCAAGUUCUUCAAGGGGUUGGCUUCCUGUGGAGCUUGGUCUUGCUUCGACGAGUUCAACCGGAUCGAUUUGGAGGUAUUGUCGGUGGUGGCUCAGCAAAUUUUAACUAUACAACGUGGCAUCAAUGCUGGACAAGAGAAAUUCUUCUUUGAAGGUACCGAACUCAAACUGGAUCCGAGUUGUGCUGUGUUUAUAACUAUGAAUCCAGGUUAUGCUGGUCGAUCCGAACUACCCGACAACCUAAAGGCCCUCUUCCGAUCGGUAGCCAUGAUGGUACCAGACUACGCCCUGAUAGCCGAAAUCGAGCUUUAUGCUUCUGGAUUUUUGGUAGCCAAACCAUUGGCAGUUAAAAUUGUGGCUACAUACAAAUUAUGCUCCGAACAAUUGUCAUCACAGCAUCACUACGAUUACGGCAUGAGAGCUGUAAAGUCCGUACUAAGAGCAGCUGGAGCCUUGAAGCUACGCUAUCCUGAUGAAAAAGAAGAUAUUCUUGUUUUGAGGUCCAUUAAAGAUAUUAAUUUGGCCAAGUUCUUGCAUCAUGAUGUGCCGCUGUUUGAAGGAAUAACUUCUGAUUUGUUCCCCGGAGUAGUUCUUCCAGAACCCGAUUAUAUAGUUCUCAAUAAAGCCGUAGAAGAUACUUGCAAAGCCAUGAACGUCCAAUGUACUCCAAUAUUUUUGGAAAAAGUCCAACAAUUGUACGAAAUGAUUGUUGUAAGGCAUGGUUUGAUGAUUGUUGGAUUACCGUUUGCCGGUAAAACCACUGCCUACAGGGUGUUGGCUGAUGCUCUGGGUUUAGCGGAGGAGAGAGGUGGCAUGGAUGAACACCGUGCCAUUUACACGGUUAUGAAUCCAAAAUCCAUAACCAUGGGCCAAUUAUACGGACAAUUCGAUCCAGUGUCCCAUGAAUGGUCUGAUGGCGUUCUAGCAGUGAGUUUUAGGCAAUUUGCAAUGUCUCAAACCGAAGAAAGAAAAUGGUUGAUUUUUGAUGGUCCAGUCGAUGCAGUGUGGAUAGAAAACAUGAACACCGUAUUGGACGAUAACAAAAAACUAUGCCUAAUGUCAGGAGAAAUUAUUCAAUUGGCGAAUACAACAAAUUUGAUUUAUGAACCUAUGGACUUGGACGUUGCCUCACCAGCCACUGUAUCCAGAUGUGGCAUGAUUUACAUGGAACCCAAAUCCUUGGGCUGGCAGCCAUUGCUUAUUUCCUGGCUCAAUACACUGCCACCUUUUAUUAACAACGAUUUUUAUAAAACGAUGAUUUUUAAUUUGUUUGUUCGUUUUUGUAAACCUCUAAUUUGGUUGAUACGAAAAGGAGGAGUCAGAGAAAUUGCUACCACUUCAGAUCAUAAUUUGGUUCGAUCGACAAUGAAUCUUUUCGAUUGUUUCAUGGACGAUUUUUAUGAAGAUAAAUAUAGAGAACAGGUGUCCGAUUUGGACGUAAGGGCCCAAAUAGAGGGCUCGUUCUUUUUCGCUUGUAUUUGGUCCAUGGGUGGCACCUUGGACAAUAAUAGCCAAAAAAAGUUCAAUGUUUUAUUUAGGGCUCUAUUGGAGAGAGAGUUUCCUCAAAAAACAACCACAGAUUUGGGAAUUCCUUAUGAAAUUAGUAAACCAGAGAAACCUUAUAUUUUCACUUUACCCGUUGGAGAAACCGUGUUCGAUUAUAGAUUUAUAAAAGAGGGCAAAGGCAAAUGGAAACUUUGGUCUGACGAACUAAUGAGCGCACCCCCAAUUCCAAGGGACAUUCCUGUAAAUCAAAUAAUCGUAACCACUGUGGAGACUAUUAGAGCCAUUGCUCUAAUGCAAUUGCUGGUGCAGCAUCAAAAAUCCAUAAUGCUUAUAGGCCCAACUGGAACUGGAAAAUCUGUUUACAUCACAGACUUUCUACUACGAAAAAACGACACAAAAACCUACAUUCCUUUAUUUAUUAAUUUCUCGGCACAAACCACUGCCAAUCAAACCCAAAACAUUAUCAUGGCUAAGCUGGAUAAGAGAAGGAAAGGUGUCUAUGGACCUCCUGUGACCAAAAAAUGCGUCAUUUUUGUCGAUGAUAUCAACAUGCCCCUAAAAGAAAUCUACGGGGCUCAGCCUCCCAUUGAAUUACUAAGGCAGUGGUUCGACCAUGAAAUAUGGUACGAUUUAAAGGAAAUCGUACCAAUGAAAUUAAUUGAUAUACAGUUUAUGUGUGCUAUGUGUCCACCUGGCGGUGGAGGAAAUACCAUCACUCAGAGAUUCUCCAGACAUUUCAAUCAUUUGUGCAUUGACGAAUUCGAAGAUGGUACACUGAUUAAUAUUUUUAGCAAAAUUAUGUUGUGGCACUUAGACACUAGAGGUUUCUCAAAAGACUUUGAUCCUUGUAUUGAAGAAAUCGUAUUGGCAACGUUGGAUAUUUAUAAAAUGGCUCGGGCUAAUUUAUUACCGACGCCUGCUAAAUCUCAUUACCUUUUCAAUUUGAGAGAUUUUUCAAGAGUAAUUCAGGGUGUUUUAUUAUCAGUGCCUGAAGCAAUGGAAGAUCUGAUGGCAAUGAAACGUUUGUGGGUACACGAAGUGCUAAGGGUGUAUUACGAUCGAUUGGUGGAUGACAAUGAUCGAACGUGGAUAGUUGAAGCUUUAAGAGGUGUUUGUAGGGAUAAAUUGGAAGAAGAUAUGGAUUUUAUGUUUCAGCGAUUAGCCCCUGCUGACGGUGGACCGAUUGGCGAGCUUCAACUGAGAAAAUUAGUUUAUUGCGAUUUUGCUAAUCCCAAAGCUGACCAACGACAUUACAUCGAAGUAGUCGAUUUGGAAAAUCUAAAAUCGAUCACAGAAGGUUAUCUUAAUGAAUUCAAUAAUAUGUCCAAGAAACCGAUGAACUUGGUGCUAUUCCGAUUUGCCAUCGAGCAUUUAUCGAAACUUUGUCGUAUUUUGAAACAACCGAGAAGUCAUGGUCUAUGCGUUGGUGUUGGAGGUUCAGGACGCCAAUCUUUAACUCGUUUAGCUGCGCAUAUUUCCGAAUAUGAACUAUUCCAAGUGGAAAUUACACGAUUGUAUGGCGUGAAUGAAUGGAGAGAAGACGUUAAAGUCAUUCUUAAAAAGGCUAGCGCUUCUGACCAGCACGGAGUGUUUUUGUUCACUGAUUCUCAAAUUAAAGAAGAAGCCUUUUUGGAGGACGUCAGUAAUUUGAUGAACUCCGGCGAAGUGCCUAAUUUAUAUAAUAUGGAAGAAAAAGUUGAGAUUUGUGAAAAAAUGCGUCAACUUGAUAGGCAAAGGGACAAAUCAAUGCAAACCGAUGGCAGUCCUGCAGCUCUUUUUAACUAUUUCGUACAAAUAGUUAGAGAACAGUUGCACGUUGUACUGGCAAUGAGCCCUAUCGGUGAAAGUUUCAGGAAUCGAAUUAGGAAAUUUCCUGCGCUUGUUAAUUGUUGUACUAUUGAUUGGUUUCAGAGUUGGCCUGAAGAUGCCCUAGUCGCCGUUGCAACUAAAUUUCUUGGGGAAGUUGAAUUAACAGAUCAUGAACGAAAGGUUUGCAUCGCCAUGUGCCAAACGUUCCACAUUUCCACUCAAGAUCUGUCAGAUGAAUAUUUCUUGAGAUUAAGAAGAUUCAAUUACGUUACCCCGACGUCCUAUUUGGAGAUGAUUAAUACCUUCAAGACAUUUUUAUUUAAAAAGAGAAAGCAAUUGUUACAAGGCCAAAAACGUUACGAAAUUGGUUUGGAAAAACUUGAAGCUGCUGGAGCCGAAGUAUCUGUAAUGCAAGCAGCUUUGGAAGCUUUACAGCCUCAAUUAGUCGUGGCUCAAGCCAAAGUGGAAGAUACUAUGAAAAUAGUUGAAGCUGAAACAGCCGAAGCAGCCGAAGUAGAAAAAAUAGUGAUGAUAGACGAAGAAGCUGCAAAUGAACAGGCUAAAGCUGCGCAAGCAAUCAAAGAUGAAUGCGAAGCUAAUAUGGCUGAAGCGAUGCCUAUACUUAAUGCCGCCUUGGCAGCUUUGAAUACUUUAACUCCUGCUGAUAUUACUAUUGUAAAAACCAUGAAAAAUCCACCCAAAGGGGUUAAGCUCGUGAUGGAAGCUGUGUGCAUUUUAAAGGAUAUCAAACCAGAUAAAUUACCAUUGCCAAGUGGAAUCGGAACUUAUGAUGAUUAUUGGGGCCCAUCUAAAAAAGUCCUAGGUGAUAUGAAAUUCUUGGAAAACUUAAUAAAUUUUGAUAAAGACAAUAUUCCUCCACGUGUCAUGGCCAAACUAAAAGAACAAAUUUUGAACGAUGAAAACUUUGAUCCAGACAAAGUCAAAACAGCCUCGUCAGCCGCUGAAGGUAUCUGCAAGUGGGUCAUUGCCAUAUCCAAAUAUGAUAAGGUAGCUAAAGUUGUGGCUCCAAAAAAAGCUGCUUUGGCUAUAGCUGAAGACCAAUUCAAUACUGCGAUGGCUUCAUUGGAAAUCAAAAGACAACAAUUACGAGAAGCUAGAGAAAGAGUUGCAAAAUUGGAAGAACGUUUGGCGGAUGAAUCUAAAAAAUUCAAAAUAUUAACCGAUGAAGUCAACCUUUGCACUUUAAAGCUUCAAAGGGCUGAAGAUCUAAUUGGUGGUUUGGGUGGAGAAAAGGAUAGAUGGAGACUGACAGCUAAACAGUUAGGAGAACAAUAUUUCUUGUUAGUUGGUGAUAUAUUGAUAUCGGCAGCCAUUGUUGCCUACUUGGGCGCCUUCACCAUGCAAUUUAGACAAAAACAAAUCGAAGAAUGGCUUAACUUACUUGAAAGCUAUGGGAUAGUGACUACAAAAGAUUUUCAAUUGACUGGUAUCUUAGGGGAGCCGGUGGUUAUUAGGCAAUGGAACAUUUAUGGUUUGCCCACCGAUAAUUUUAGUAUUGAAAAUGCUAUUAUAAUUUCAAAUGCCAGAAGAUACGCUUUAAUGAUAGAUCCGCAAGGUCAGGCCAACAAAUGGAUUAAAAACAUGGAGAAAACAAACAAUUUGGCAAUUAUUCGUUUAAAUCAGCCGGAUUAUGUUAGAAUUCUAGAAAACGCCAUUCAGUUUGGUCAACCGGUUUUACUCGAAAACGUCGGACAAGAACUGGAUCCAAUUUUAGAGCCGGUUUUAGCUCAACAAAUAUUCAAACAAGGGGGGACUAUGUGUUUGAAGCUGGGCGAUUCCGUCGUUGAAUACAGUUCGGAUUUCAAAUUAUAUAUAACGACGAAACUGCGUAAUCCACAUUACUUGCCCGAAGUUGCCGUAAAGGUAACACUGGUAAAUUUCAUGAUAACAAAUGCAGGGCUGGAGGAUCAGCUUUUAGGAAUUGUUGUUGCCAAAGAAAGGCCCGACUUGGAAGCGGAGAAAAAUGCCCUUAUUAUUCAGGGUGCUGAAAAUAAACGAUCCCUCAAAGAAAUUGAAGACAAAAUCCUUGAGGUUUUGAGCACAUCGCAAGGAAAUAUCCUAGAAGACGAAACUGCAGUGAAUAUUUUAAGUUCUUCCAAGCAAUUGUCAAACGAAAUAGCUGCCAAACAAGCCAUAGCCGAGGAAACUGAAAAGCAAAUUGACAAGGCCCGUCUGGAAUAUACCCCGAUAGCGGCCCACUCGACGAUUUUAUUUUUCACAAUUGCCGAUUUGGCGAACAUUGAUCCAAUGUACCAAUAUUCUUUGGUUUGGUUCGUGAAUCUAUUUAAAAGUACUAUUGAUAACACUGAUAAAGUCGAAGACGUGAAAAUGAGACUUGAGGAUUUGAGACGGGUCUUUACAUAUUAUUUGUACGUGAAUAUUUGUCGAAGUUUGUUCGAAAAAGACAAAUUACUAUUUUCUCUGCUAUUGACAAUAAACCUAAUGAAAAGUCGAGACGAAGUCGACAUGUCCGAAUGGAUGUUUUUCCUGACGGGAGGCGUAGGGCUGGAUAAUCCAAACGUCAACCCUUCAGACUGGCUCGUGACGAAAUCCUGGGAUGAAUUGUGCAGAUUAGGCGAUUUGCCGAAUUUCAAGGGAAUUAUCAAUCAUUUCAGCAAAAACUUAUCGAAAUGGAAAUUAAUAUUUGACUCGGGAGAGCCUCAGAAAGUGCCCUUACCAAGCCCCUGGUUAGAAAAAUUAAAUUCUCUACAAAAACUCCUAGUUCUCAGAUGUAUAAGAUUCGACAAAAUCGUUCCGGCAGUACAAGAUUUUGUCACAGAGCAUCUUGGCAAGCAAUUUGUAGAACCUCCACCCUUCGAUUUAACCUCAUCGUUUGCCGAUUCCCAUUGCUGCAUACCACUAAUUUUUGUACUAACUCCUGGUGCCGAUCCAACAGCAGUGUUACUUAAAUUCGCUGACGAUCAAGGUUUUGGAGCUGCAAGACUAUUUGCUCUAUCACUAGGACAAGGACAAGGCCCUAUUGCAGUUAAGCUUAUAGAUGAAGGUGUGAAAAAUGGCACGUGGGUGGUACUGCAAAAUUGUCAUUUGGCUAAAAGUUUCAUGCCAACUUUGGAAAGAAUCUGCGAAAAUUUAACGCCAGACUCCACGCAUCCAGAUUUUCGUUUGUGGUUAACCUCUUACCCUGCCGAUCAUUUCCCGGUAUUAGUGUUGCAAAAUGGCGUCAAAAUGACCAACGAACCGCCGAAAGGCUUAAGAGCAAACAUUACUCGUUCGUACAUGAGCGAUCCGAUAUCAGACAUGGAAUGGUUUGAAAGUUGCAAACAGUCUGCAGUUUUCAAAAAGCUUUUAUACAGUUUGUGCUUUUUCCAUGCUACGGUGCAAGAAAGACGUAAAUUUGGGCCUUUGGGUUGGAACAUUCCAUAUGAGUUUAAUGAAACGGAUCUUAGAAUAAGCGUGAUGCAGUUGCAUAUGUUUUUAAAUGAAUACGAGGAUAUUCAAUUUGUUGCUCUAUUAUAUUUGACUGGCGAGUGUAAUUAUGGCGGAAGAGUGACAGAUGAUUGGGAUAGAAGAACCUUAAAUACAAUCUUGCAAAAGUUCUAUUGUGUGGAGGUGGUGGAAAUUGAAAAUUUCCCAUUCGAUCCCAGUGGGGCCUAUUAUUGUCCGGACAAAACCGAAUAUGACGAAUUUAUCACUUACACGAAAUCUUUGCCCAUAAUCACGCAUCCGGAAGUUUUCGGUAUGAAUGAGAACGCUGAUAUUAUGAAAGAUCAGCAGGAGACCAAUUUGCUGCUUUCCAAUACAUUACUGACUCAGGAUGCAAUGUCAGUAGCCAGCGCUGACAAAUCACCAGAUGAAAUCGUCAUGGAAGUAGCCACAGCUGUUUUGGCUCAGCUACCAGCAGAUUUCGACCGCGAUGUUGCCAUGGAAAAAUUUCCGGUUUCCUAUUCUCAAAGCAUGAACACCGUUCUGGUGCAGGAAAUGAACCGGUUCAAUCUUUUAUUGUCUACAAUCCGGACUAGCUUGCGCAAUGUGCAAAAAGCCAUUAAAGGUUUGAUUUUAAUGUCUAUGGAUUUGGAAGAAGUGGUCACCAGUAUUUUGACCGGAAGAAUACCAGCGAUGUGGGCCAAGAAAUCGUACCCUUCAUUAAAGCCGCUUGGAAGUUAUAUCAACGAUUUUUUGGCCAGGUUGGUGUUUUUACAGAAAUGGAUGGAUGAGGGUGCACCGAUGACGUUUUGGAUUUCUGGCUUCUUUUUCACGCAGGCCUUUUUAACUGGAGCCCAGCAAAAUUUUGCCAGGAAAUAUACUAUACCUAUUGAUCUACUAACAUUCGAUUAUGAGGUGCUCCGACAAUCGACAUUUAAAACGGCGCCAGACGACGGGGUUUACGUUUACGGCCUGUUUCUGGAUGGUGCCAGAUGGAACCCCGAUAAAAUGAUAGUGGAUGAAUCUUUGCCGAAAGUUCUAUAUGAUGCAGUACCAUAUAUUUGGCUUAUACCUAUCAAAAGAGACGAUCUAGAAGAAAAACAGACGUACCUUUGUCCAGUUUAUAAAACAGCCGAGAGAAGAGGAGUAUUGUCCACAACAGGACAUUCUACCAACUUUGUCAUUGCGAUGACGUUGCCUACUCAAAAAAGUCAAGCUUAUUGGGUCAUGAGAGGUGUAGCUAUGUUGUGUCAAUUAUCACAAUAGUGUGUUCUUAUUCUAUUCUACUGAUUUUUUAUGUAUUACUAUUUUUACAAUAAAUUUAUCAUUAUUU